AUGGUUCUAGCAGCCUUCAUCUUCCUGCUCUUGACUAUUGGAGAAGGAUCGUUGGAGGCUUCCCCCUUCAGAGCUUCUCUUCUUCAAACAGUCGAAGUACAUUCAAAGCUCAUAGGUUUACCAACAACCUUGGCAUCAUCCGAUGAAUCUGUUAACGUGGGGUUGAAGCUAUGCGAUGAGAUGAUCAUCGAUUCUUUGGAUAGUUUGAAGGAGACGGUCCAAAGUCUUCACGGCUUUGGGGAGCUUUUGACAGAUACUCAAAAAGACGAGCUACGGGGGAAAUUGUCGUAUGCUUUAGUCGAUCACGACACUUGUUUGGAUGCUUUUGAGGAGUUAGAUUUCUCAACCUAUCGGAGGAACGAAGACGUGAUUAAGACACUGAAAGACUCGUUGAGGAAAGGGAGGCAACUAGUGAGCAAAUGCUUACGUCUCUUAUCCAAAGGCUUAUCCAAAGGCUUACCCAAACUAGAUGAAAGGAGUUUCCCGUACUGGUUUGGUCCUGAAGACCAGAAGUCUCUUCUAACGUGUCAGUGGAUUCCCAAUGUCACGGUGGCUAGUGAUGGAACAGGAGAUUUUCUAACCAUCAGUGAGGCCGUGGUGAAAGUUCCCGAAAGUGGGAGCUCGAAAUUCGUGAUCCACGUCAAGGGAGGUUUCUACCCUGAAAACGUGAUCUUGCCGCCAAAGAAGAGCAAUGUGGUUAUGUUUGGAGAUGGGAAUACGAAGACCAUUGUCUCCGCUAGCUUGAAUAGGCUGGACAAUCCUCUGUUCACAACGUUUCAGACAGCAACUUUCUCGGUUCGUGGAAGAGGUUUUGUGGCAAUGGAUAUGAAGUUCGUCAACACCGCCGGACCGGAAAAGAACCAAGCGGUGGCUUUUCAUUCCAUGUCUACCUUCUCCGUCAUGUACCGGUGCACCUUCGAAGGCUUCCAGGACACGUUGUACGCACACGCCGGCGACCAACUCUAUCGAGAAUGCGAUAUCGUCGGAACCGUGGACUUCAUCUUCGGCUAUUCAGCUGCCAUCUUCCAGAGAUGUAACAUCCUCUCAAGAAAGCCACUUCCGAAUCAAAUCAAUACUAUUACGGCGCAGGCUGCCUCGGAUCAGUUUGCCAAGUCCGGGUUUGUGAUUGUUAACAGCACCAUCGGUCCAUACCUAGGGGAACAUUUCACUACAUAUCUUGGAAGGCCGUGGAAGCCGUUUGCGACUGUUCUGGUUAUGAAGACGUAUCUCGGGGACAUAGUUGAGCCUAGAGGUUGGAUCGCCUGGAAUAAGGAAGCACCCCCUACGACGCUGAGGUAUGGAGAGUUCAAGAACUCUGGACCGGGUUCGGGUCUGGGAAGCCGUGUAAACUGGACCGGGUAUGAACCCAGUAUGACGGAAGCAGAGGCGCAAAAGUACUCCGUUGAUAUCUUCAUCAACCAAGAUGGUUGGUUGAACCAAACUUGCAUCCCUUAUGACAGUUAUGUAUGA